AUGAUUCUCUCCUUAUCGCAAACACCUCUCCCCACAAAAAAAACAGUCUGUGUCCGCAUCACCCAGGAACCUAAAAGUUGGCACAACAUCCGCAAGACGCCCCAAAAGAAAAUGUUUCGUGUCGAACUCCUCGCAAACACAACCACCCACGCAACCCCGGGCUACACCUACGUCGCAGACCGGGGCCAAGCUCCUGCAAAAGCCAACACCGCCCCGGCCCUCGGCCGCAAACGCGGAAUCAACAACGCCGGCAAGGGCGGCGAUAUCUCGUCCCGGCGCGCAAAUGCCAUCCUCCGCCAUCUCGCCGAGCUAGACCGUGAGAAUCAGCGCGACGUGUCCAUUCCAAUCCCGGCUAGACCGGCCAGAGAGGCAGGCGCGCGAGUCUCGCGAACAAAAACCAGCUCGAACGUGCGGCGCAUCCUCGUCUCCCAAAAGACCUUCCGCAAUCAUAUCGAUGAUGAAGAUGCGGCGAUUGCGGCGGGGGGUGGUGGGUUGAGUGUGCCUGUGGGCGCGGCCGCUGUUGGGCCCGUGAUUCCAUCGCGAGUCAAGGUAGUUGCUGCAACGGGUCUCGCUGGACCUACUGCUGCUACGCCGAGACGAAGUUCGACGCCGGCGGCGGCCAGUAUGACGCCUGCUGGUGCCGGUGUGAAAAAGAAGCGCGGCUCAACUCUUGCCACCGUGACGAUGCCUUCAACACCUACCCCUGCGGCUGCUGCUGCGCCUGCGCCUGCCCCCGCCACGACGCCCGUGCCCGCGACUUCAGAAGCCAACGAUGCGAAAACAGAGGACGAUGGCGAGAACCACAGACACAAGAUCCUCAAGACAGAACAUGACAGCGACCCUCUUCUGCGCUCUUUUGGGCCCACAAUACCGUCAGAACGGAUCAUGGAUCGUUUACUGUCCGAACCUGCCCUGUCGUAUCAUGCCUCGCGGGUCGGUUCGCCGCUUUCGACACAGUUACCCCGAUCGUUUUGCUGCAUGUGUGGAUAUUGGGGCAAAAUUCGGUGCAAGAGUUGUCAUUUGCGAACGUGUGGGUUGGAUUGUUACAAGGUGCAUGAGGACUCAAGAUGCGGAGCUUUCUUUUAG